AUGAAUGCCUUCGUCACUGAGGUACGCCGCGAGUGCACGGCGCUCGCGCGGGACUACGAGAACGAUACCGAUGAUAGCGAUGACGAUCACUCCGCGAGCUUGGCACCGACUGUGUCCGUCGUCAUCAACUCGUCCGCCCCGCGACCGCUGUCCAAGCAGAAACGCAGGACUUCGCGGACUGUAUUUGUCGACAUUCCACGCCUCCCUUCGCAGGUAUCCUGCCCUCGAACCUCUGUCACUCGAAGACGUGCAUCCGACUCAUACACGGCAGGCCUUCUCCGCGACACAAGAGACGCUCUUCAGCGCCUCAGGGCUCACGGAAUCGAUGCUAGCUCGCUGGCCGCGUUCACGCUCGCUCUCGACCUGCUUCUCGAAGGCUUUGGCGUAAUCCCCGACGGAGGCAACAGCACGGCCUUGGACACCGUGAUCGACUACCUUGAGCGUCUGAAGGGCGAGUGCAUUGUUAAUCAGCGCAGCAACGGAGCGGCUCGGAGCGACGCCCCCGUCUGGCUGGCGCUCUCUCUCGUGGAUCGCAUCCUCACACUCAUCGCCGUGCUGCUGAAAGAGGACUAG